UUGCAUACAAAAUGUUGUCUAGCUACUUGCUGCUGCUGCUGCUCCUCCUCCUAAAACAGGCCGUGGUUGAGAACUCUGUGGCCACGUCAACGCAUGACAUGGCGCGAGUGCUCCAAGGCGAGAACGAUCUGCUCACGGAUUUGCGCCUCUAUGUGGCCGCUUUGGAGCGCAAGGUGAAGAUAACCCGAUUGAUUCUGGAUGAUGCGAUCAAGCGGCAGCAGGAGGCCAGAGUUGAUGCGGAGGCUUAUGUGGCCAAUCCUCUGAACAGUCUGCCCUUGGUGCGGCGCAUGCACAUGGAUGCGGGCAGAAUCUUGAAAUGCAUGAAGCUGGAACCGGGUGCAGAUCUGCAAAAGAUAUCGGACUAUCGCCUGGAUGUGAUUAGCGAGGCGGAUCAGGAGGAGGCGAUCAAGGGCCUGCUGCGCAUACAGCAGGUCUAUGAGCUGGACGAGCGGCACAUGGUGCACGGGCAGCUCAGCCAGAAGCAAUACAACGCCAAGCUGAGCACCCUGGACUGCGUGGCCGUGGCACGGCAUCUGCGCAAGCGCGGGGAGGACGAGCAGGCCAUCCGGUGGCUGGAGCUGGCGCUGGAGCAGUACCCAGGCACGCCGGAGCGCGUUUAUCAGCUGCUGAAGAUCGACCGGACGGAGAUAUUGCGCGAACUAGCACACAUUCAAAUUUCCAGGGACAAUUGGCCAGCCGCGGGGUCCACCUAUGAACAGGUGUUAGAGCACGCCACCAGAGCGCAGGACAAAAAGGAAGCUCUGGCUGCCAUUGCGGCCGCCAAGCAGCAUCUCAUGCACUUGCGCCUUUGUCGCGGGCAGAGUCCUCCGCUCGUCAGCUCCUCGCUGCGCUGUCGCUUGAAUACGGCGACCACGCCCUUUCUCCGCCUAGCGCCACUCAAGCUCGAGCAGCUGAGCCUUGAUCCCUAUGUGGUACUCUACCACGAUGUCGUCCAGGCCAACGAGCGCGAGGACAUCAUGCGACUGACCAAACCCUAUUUGCGUCGCGCCCGUGUGGGCGCAGGCAGGGCGGCUGCCCAACGCUUUGCCAUGAAUGCGGGCUACUCCUACAACAAAUCCCGCCGGGGAGAGCGCCUGCGCCAGCGCCUCGAGGACAUGUCCGGCUUCGAUCUGACCAACAGCGGCCAGCUGGCAGUGCUCAACUACGGCAUUGGCGGGCAGUACUACAUGCACUUCGAUUGCUGGUUCGACCAGGACGAUGCUGCCCAUCGUGUUUUCAUCAAGGAUAAUCGCAUUGCCACCAUUUUGCUCUACCUGACCGAUGUGCAGCUCGGCGGACUCACAUCCUUCCCUGUCCUGGGCCUGGCCGUGAAGCCGAGCAAAGGCUCGGCCCUGAUCUGGCACAAUAUGAACAAUGCGGCCGAGUGCGACAGACGGACGCUGCACGCCGCCUGUCCGCUUCUCCUGGGCACUCGCUGGGUGGCCAGCCAGUGGAUCGAUAUGAACGGCCAAUGGCGCACAAAGCGCUGCCUGGCAAACCCGUCGAAUUAAUUAAAGCAAAAAAAAAAAAAAAUAAGUAGAAAAACAUUUGCAUAAGUUUUGCGAUAAUU